AUGACAGCAGAUGCCAGAAAAUACUUCAUUGAUGAGAGCGACAAAUACACCAUCACCGCUUACUUCACUGACCCAGCCACCAUCUGUAGCACCGGCCGCACUGCCGAACAGUACUCUGCCCUUGGCACUGGUAACGCCCUCUAUAUUCAGAAAGGCACCAAUCCUGUCACCGAUUCCAUCGCCAUGCCAAUGUCCCAGGAUGACGUUAAAAACACAAUGUGGACAGAGGGGCAUUGCUUCUACGGCAUGGGCAAGCACUACUGGUACAACAUUCGCCAGGACAUGGCCUGUGAGGAGUUCGUGCCCGUCUUCCUCUUGUACAAUGGAGGGAAGCUGAACGCUUUCGGCUGGGCUUUCCAGGGAGACUACAAAUCCUCCAGAUACGAGCACCCAGGGCAGUCUAGCUUCUCGUGGUUUUUGAAGCCCGUCCCUACUUGUCUGUCCACGGCGGGUCCACUGUCCACUCUCCACAUCUACAUGGACAGCACUGCCGCGGUGAACACGUGCUGA